GCGAAAUAUUUUUUAGUUCCACUCCGAGUGCAGACACGCAGUUUGCUGCCAUCCUCCAUACCCCUUCAUUAUGAACAUUUCACACUCCUUGCCUUCUUAUAUUACCGGAAUAUCGUUUUCUUUUCUGACACCCGAAGAUGCACGAAGCAUAUCCGUCAAGCAAAUUGUCAACCCAGUUCUUCUCGAUGCGUUGAACCGCCCCAAUAUCGGGGGUCUGUACGAUCCUGCUCUUGGGCCAAAUGAAAGAUCUGAUAUAUGCGCAACCUGUAAACUUGGAUACUUCACCUGCCCCGGUCAUUUUGGACACAUUGAACUACCCGCGCCAGUUUUCCACCCGCUCUUUUUUGCAAAUAUGUAUAACCUCUUCCGGGCAACAUGCCUUUUUUGUCAUAGGUUCAAAAUCGAUCGAGAAGAACUUUGUAAAUACGUCGCUAAAUUCAGGUUGUUGGAAUACGGACUUUUGGAGGCUGCUUAUGGUCUGGACGACUUACACCGAGUUAGGACUGUAAAGGAAAGUGGGAACAAACGGAAGGGCAAGGGGAAAAAGAAACAACCGGAGGGAGAGAAUGACGAGGAUGAUAGUGAGAAUAGGGAAGACAGUGCUAGUGAAUCUACACCUGAAGACAAGGGGAACGGUGCAGAUGAUGACGAAAGUCCUUAUGAGUAUAUGGCCAGAAUCAACCGUUAUGUGACGGCCCAUCUGUCCCGCGCGUCUGGCAGUAAAAGAGACAGCUACAAGGAUACCCUCGUGUAUCAGGCCAGGAAGGAACUCAUCAAUGAAUUUUUGAAGGCCACAAUACUGACAAGAUGUCAGAACGAUAACUGUCGGAGCUUUGCAUACACUUUUAGAAAAGAAGGCUAUACCAAGAUAAUCGAAUACGAUCUCUCCGCAAAGCAAAAGUUGAGGAACACCAAGACGCGGCCGGAUGUUCUUGCAAGUAAACCCGAACCGAAUGCUCAACAGGACUCGGACAUUGAGAUGUCCGGCCCAGAGUCGGUUGAUGAUGGAGACCCGGUUGGACCUGACGAGGAAGAUGAGGAGGAGGAAGGAGAGGAUGGGCCUUCUAAUCCUAAGUCAGAUAACCUACCCAGAGCCGCGAACGGAAAAAUCAAGACCAAACGAGGGCGCAAUGAGCGUGUGAUUGCCCCAGAGGAGUGCCGAGCUCAUCUUCGCCGCCUUUUCAAUAGCGAAUCCACGAUGUGUUCGUUAUUGUACGGAAAACACGGCCCGUUUGCGAAAUUAUCCUCCGAAGGGCUCUCGCUUGCAUCUGCCGAUAUGUUCUUCCUGGAUGUCAUUCCUGUCCCCCCGACGCGUUUUCGCCCAGCCUCCAAAAUGAAUGAAGUUCUCUAUGAACACCCGCAAAACGAACUCCUCGCAAAGAUCCUCCAAACCUCAUACCGACUGCGUGACCUCAACAUUAGCCUCAAAGAAGCGUCUGCGAAGGGCCCUAUGUACGAUGAGGCUGCAAGGAAGAAGUUGAUGGCUACUCUACUGGAGGCGUUGAUCCAGCUGCAAGUCAACGUCAACAGCUUUAUGGACAGCAGUAAGAACCCGACACCCAUGCGACAGGGAAAACUUCCUCCUACCGGUGUGAAGCAGAAUUUGGAGAAGAAAGAAGGGCUAUUCCGGAAACACAUGAUGGGAAAACGUGUCAACUACGCCGCUCGUUCAGUCAUUUCUCCGGACGUGAGCAUUGAGCCCAACGAAAUCGGUAUUCCUCCCAUAUUCGCUAAAAAGCUUACAUUCCCGGAACCCGUUACACCCUUUAAUUUCCACAAACUACGACAGCAAGUUAUUAACGGACCUCGUGUUCAUCCUGGUGCUUCAAUGGUGGAGUUUGAGGAUGGCCAUCAGGUUUCCUUGGACAAACUAACUGUGGAACAAAGGACAGCGAUCGCUAACCAGCUGCUGACACCUCAAGAGGGUGAGCAGAUCCGAAAAGGCCUUCGAACCAGAACGAAUGCAAUAAACAAGAAGGUGUAUCGUCACUUGGAGGAUGGUGACAUUUUAAUUCUGAAUCGACAGCCAACACUGCACAAACCUAGUAUGAUGACACAUAAAGCUCGGAUUUUACAUGGCGAGAAGACCAUACGGAUGCAUUAUGCAAACUGUAAUUCGUACAAUGCCGACUUCGAUGGUGACGAGAUGAACAUACACUUUCCUCAGAAUCAAAUUGCCCGUGCUGAAGCAGAGAUGAUUUCUAACACCGACAACCAAUACCUCGUACCAACGUCUGGAAACCCCCUACGAGGUUUGAUCCAGGAUCACGUUGUUGCGGGCGUUUGGAUGACAAGCCAGGGCACCUUCUUCACUCGUGAAGAAUACUUCCAAUUACUUUACGGUGCCUUGCGCCCCGAAGAUGAUUGUACGCCGCGUUUAGUGACGCUCCCACCUACCAUCUGGAAGCCUGUGUCUUUAUGGACAGGGAAGCAAGUGAUUUCGACCAUCCUCAAAAAUAUCACCCCAGAGAACAUGGAAGGAAUCAACUUGAACGCCGGCACCAAAGUUCCCGGUCAUUUGUGGGGUUCUGAUUCGAAGGAGGAUAAAGUUAUAUUCAUGGACGGGGAACUUCUCUGUGGUGUUCUGGACAAGGCUGCGUUCGGAGCUUCGGAUUAUGGUAUUGUUCAUUCCGUCUAUGAGCUUUACGGGCCACCUGUGGUGGGACGAUUGUUAGGCAUCCUUAGUCGGCUAUUCACCAAAUUCCUCCAACAUCGUGCCUUCACCUGUCGUAUUGACGACCUUACCCUCACACCCGAAGGAGACGCCAAACGUAAAGACAUUCUCGAGCGGGCAAAAAACCUAGGAACGGAUGGUGCAAUAGAAAAUUUUCCGUCCCUCAGUAAACUGCCCACGGACGAUGUUCCCGAUGCCCUCAGAUCACUGUUGCAGGAUGUUUUGCGAGACGACAAUAAGAUGGCCGGUCUCGACGUUACAGUCAAGACUAAACUGUCAAAACUUACCUCGGAUAUCUCGGAUGCAUGUUUACCUAAUAAACUUCUCCGCAGAUUCCCCCACAAUAACAUGCAAACAAUGACACUGUCAGGAGCCAAGGGUAGUGCGGUCAACGCACGACAGAUAUCUUGCGCCCUAGGUCAACAGGAGUUGGAAGGCCGUCGGGUUCCGGUCAUGGUCAGUGGGAAGACGCUGCCGUCUUUCAAAGCUUUUGAAACCAAGGCCAUUGCAGGUGGUUAUGUGGCCAGUCGAUUUUUGACCGGUGUAAGGCCACAAGAGUUCUAUUUCCACUGUAUGGCUGGACGAGAAGGUCUCAUCGAUACCGCCGUCAAGACGUCCCGUUCUGGAUAUCUCCAACGUUGUUUGAUUAAGCAUUUGGAAGGAAUCCGCGUGCAUUAUGAUAACACGGUGCGCGGGAGUGAUUCAUCGGUCUACCAAUUCCAUUAUGGUGGUGACGCUCUGGACGUCACGAAACAAAAACACCUUCAUCAAUUUGAUUUCAUCGCACAGAAUGAGCAAUCGUGGAUCAACCUACUUAAACCUGGGAAAUUGGAUUAUGUGGCCAAUACUGGUUCUCGAAACGCGCCAAAAUAUAUGAAGAAGGUUUUAAAGAAGUCGCUCGCUAAGCGCGGCAAAUAUGAUCCUGCCUUGUCCUUGUUCAAUCCAAGUCGUGAAAUUGGCGCGACUUCCGAGCACUUUGCUGAAGCUUUAGAAGAGUAUGUCAAGACCAAUACCCGCAAUCUAAUCGAUGACGGCACGGAAGAGCGGUGGAAAUCUCGGAAUCAGCGCAUAGCGCCUGGUCACUUCCGCCUCCUCAUGCACGUCAAGUACAUGAAAAGUUUGGUCGAACCUGGCGAAGCGGUUGGUCUACUGGCCUCCCAAGGUGUUGGUGAACCAUCUACGCAAAUGACACUUAACACGUUCCACUUUGCCGGUCACGGUGCUGCGAACGUCACGCUCGGUAUUCCUCGACUACGUGAAAUCGUCAUGACCGCCUCGCAGAAGCCAAAAACGCCGUCCAUGACCAUGAGGUUACGAGCUGGGACUUUGCAGGAAGACGUCGAUCGGUUUUGCAAGCGCGCCACCAAAUUAACCUUAUCGCAAAUCAUCGAGCGGAUAGCAGUUACCGAAAAGUUACAGACAAACGGUGACGCACGACGAAGACUUUAUACCGUAGAAAUCUUCUUCUUCCCCAGGGAAGAGUAUGAAGCCGAAUAUGACACAGAUCCUACAGAAGUAUUAUCUUCGUUUGGCGUCAAGUUUCCGUUGACUUUGAAGAAGGAGAUAACAGCCGAAUUGAAAAGAGUGGAUGCGGACAUGCGUAGUCAGAUCUCACAACUCGGUCAAGGCAAGAAAUCGAAGUCCAAGGACCGCGAUACCGCUGAAGGUGAUGACGACGAAGAACCCAGAUCCACGAGGAAGGAUAAUGACGAAAGUGAGGCUGGUGAUGGCGACGCAGAUGAAGCCAAACGUGCUAGGCAGCAAAAGCAGCAAGUCAGUUACGAAUCGGAUGAUGACUUCGAAGAUAACGACGAGGAAAUGGUACUCUAUAACGACGAGGAGCUAGAGGCUGAGUAUGCGGACGAGAUGGAAGUGGCCCAGGACGAAACUGACCCGGAAGUCAAAUACAAAACCAAAAGCUUCAACGCAUAUGUUAAGCGAGUUGGUGAUAUGUUCCAGCGAAAUUUCCAACUCACGAAUUCUUUCGAAUUCGAGUGCUCAAAGGUCACCAUCGUCCUCAACUUUCCAACCGAUCUUCCAAAGCUUUUGCUCGUCGGUAUCGUAGAGCGAAUCUGCCGUACUACUGUCAUACGUGAGAUUCCUGGUAUUACCGACUGCUUUCAAUCUAAAGAAGAGAAGAAGGGGCAAGAACCAAUCAUCAAACUUACAACAAACGGCUCAAAUUUCAAAGGCCUUUGGGAAUUUGCUUCCUCGGCCGAUGAAACCAUUCUAGAGGACGAUGAAACAUAUUCCAAUGAUAUAUAUGCCAUACUCAAGACGUACGGUGUCGAGAUGGCCCGCGCCGCCAUCUUCAAAGAGAUGAGUGGAAUUUUCGGUCUUUACAAGAUCCAAGUGGACCGACGACAUUUGGAACUUAUCGCUGAUUACAUGACAUUUGACGGCGGGUACAAACCGUUCAACCGAAAGGGAAUCUCGACAAAUCCUUCACCUCUUCUCAAGGCUUCAUACGAAACUACGGCAGCGUUCUUGUCCGAUGCUACCCUGCACGGAGACUUUGAUGACUUGACUACACCCUCUGGAAAUAUUGUGCUCGGGAGGCCUAUAUCUACUGGAACAGGAGCGUUCGACGUUCUGAUGCCCAUCGAGGCAGUGCAUUAACAACAUUUUGGCAAAAUCAAAAGUAAAGAAAUGACACGAAUAAUCUACGGAAUAAAGCUGGUAUAUAUUUAUACGCGACCGUUCAUGAAUACUGUGCGCUUGAG